AUGGCAGCCACCUCCUGGCUGGAGUCCGGCCCACAGCCCUCCGCCAGCCUCCAGGACUGCCCUGGCGGGCCCAGAGGGUGCACGGAGGAAACUAUGCCCCAGACGUCCGUGGUCUUCUCCAGCAUCCUCGGGCCCAGCUGUAGUGGACAGGGACAGCCCGGCAUGGGGGAGCGAGGCGGUGGGGCCGGUGGCUCUGGGGACCUCAUCUUCCAAGAUGGACGUCUCGUCUCAGGGUCCCUGGAGGCCCUGAUGGAGCACCUGGUCCCCACAGUGGACUAUUACCCUGACAGGACGUACAUCUUCACGUUUCUCCUGAGCUCCCGGGUCUUCAUCCCCCCUCAUGACUUGCUGGCCCGUGUGGGGCAGCUCUGCAUGGAGCAGAGGCAACAGCUGGAGGCUGGGUCUGAGAAGGCCAAGCUGAAGUCCUUCUCAGCCAAGAUCGUGCAGCUGCUUAAGGAGUGGACGGAGGCCUUCCCCUUUGACUUCCAGGACGAGAAGGCUAUGGCUGAGUUGAAGGCCAUCACCCAUCGGGUCACCCAGUGUGAUGAGGAGAACAGCACUGUGAAGAAGGCUAUCUCCCAGAUGACGCAGAGCCUGCUGCUGUCCCUGGCUGCCCGGAGCCAGCUUCAGGAGCUGCGGGAGAAGCUCCGCUCACCAGCUAUGGACAAAGGGCCCGUCCUUAAGGCCAAGCCUCCGGCUGCUCAGAAGGACAUCCUGGGCGUGUGCUGCGACCCCCUGGUGCUGGCCCAGCAGCUGACACAUAUCGAGCUGGAGAGAGUCAGCAGCAUCCACCCCGAGGACCUGAUGCAGAUCGUCAGCCACAUGGACUCCCGGGACAAGCACAGGUGCCGAGGGGACAUGACAAAGACCUACAGCCUGGAGGCCUAUGACAACUGGUUCAACUGCCUCAGCAUGCUGGUGGCCACCGAGGUGUGCCGGGUAGUGAAGAAGAAGCACCGGACCCGCAUGCUGGAGUUCUUCAUUGACGUGGCUCGAGAGUGCUUCAAUAUCGGCAACUUCAACUCCAUGAUGGCCAUCAUCUCUGGCAUGAACCUCAGUCCUGUGGCGAGGCUGAAGAAAACAUGGUCCAAGGUCAAGACGGCAAAGUUCGACGUCUUAGAGCACCACAUGGACCCAUCCAGCAAUUUCUGUAAUUACCGGACAGCCCUGCAGGGGGCCACGCAGAGGUCACAGACGGCCAACAGCAGCCGGGAGAAGAUCGUCAUCCCCGUGUUCAACCUUUUCGUCAAGGACAUCUACUUCCUGCACAAAAUCCACACCAACCACCUGCCCAACGGACACAUUAACUUCAAGAAAUUUUGGGAGAUCUCCAGGCAGAUCCAUGAGUUCAUGACAUGGACACAGGUGGAGUGUCCCUUUGAGAAGGACAAGAAGAUUCAGAGUUACCUGCUGACGGCUCCCAUCUACAGCGAAGAAGCUCUCUUCAUCGCCUCCUUUGAAAGUGAAGGUCCAGAAAACCACAUGGAAAAGGACAGCUGGAAGACCCUCAGGACCACUCUCCUUAACAGAGCCUGA